AAAAUAAAAAAUAUAUAAACAUUAAAUUUUGGAAACAAAGGGAGUAUGUACAUGGAAUAUUAUCCUGUCUACAUACAGACAAAACAAACUGCUGCAUGACAUAAGGCCUUAAACAUAAAGUCCCAAAAAUCUGACAAUUCACCACAUACUUUUGUUUACCUAUAUAUAGCUUUGUUGUUUUCAGCAUCCAAAAACUGAUAAAGGUUAUUCUUUUUCUAAGCCCUUUUAGCACCAUUUUGCCUAUUUCUGGUCUGAAUUUUUCUGUUUUUUGGUGAGAAAAUGGCAACAGAUAUGGAGGUGGGAGUUAAUGGGUGUUGCAAAAAAGGACCUGGUUAUGCUUCUCCACUUGCUGCUAUGUCUGGUCCUAAAGAAUCUUUAAUUUAUGUCACCUGCAUUUAUGCUGGAACAGGAAGGGGAAAACCUGACUACUUGGCUACCGUAGAUGUUGAUCCUAAUUCACCAUCUUAUUCGAAAGUAAUCCAUAGGCUGCCAAUGCCUUAUGAGGGCGAUGAACUACAUCACUCUGGAUGGAAUUCUUGCAGUUCUUGUUAUGAAGAUCCAUCAGCUGCUCGACGAUAUCUCGUCCUGCCUUCACUAAUAUCAGGACGCAUUUAUGCAGUUGAUACACAAAAGGAUCCGAGAGCUCCCAGUUUGUAUAAAGUUGUUCAGCCAGAUGAUGUCAUUCAGAAGACGGGAUUAGCAUUCCCUCACACUGCUCACUGCCUUGCUUCUGGGGAGAUAAUGGUGUCAUGUCUCGGAGAUAAAGAUGGAAAUGCCGAGGGGAAUGGAUUUCUUCUUCUUGAUUCAGACUUUAACGUGAAAGGAAGGUGGGAGAAGCCAGGGCAUAGUCCCUUCUUUGGUUACGACUUUUGGUACCAGCCUCGACAUAACACCAUGAUCAGUUCCACCUGGGGAGCUCCAUCUGCUUUCACCAAAGGUUUCAACCUCGAGCAUGUUACUAAUGGGCUUUAUGGUCAGCAUUUGCAUGUCUACACAUGGCCUGGUGGUGAAAUAAAACAGACGCUGGAUCUUGGGAACACCGGGCUCCUUCCUCUAGAGGUAAGGUUCUUGCAUAAUCCAGCUGAAGCAAUUGGGUAUGUGGGAUGUGCUUUGACCAGUAACAUGGUGCGUUUUUUCAAGAAUCCAGAUGGCUCUUGGGGACAUGAGGUAGCUAUCUCAGUUAAACCAGUGAAAGUGCAGAACUGGAUUCUUCCUGAAAUGCCUGGUCUUAUUACCGAUUUUCUGAUCUCUCUUGACGAUCGUUUUCUAUACCUGGCAAACUGGCUACACGGUGACAUCAGACAGUACAACAUCGAGGACCCUGCCAAUCCUAAGCUGACUGGCCAAGUGUUUGUUGGAGGCGUGUUUCAAAAAGGGAACGCUGUACUCGCUGAGGCUGAAGAUGGUUCAACAUACCAAGUCGAUGUCCCAGAAAUCCAGGGACAUCAAUUGAGAGGGGGACCUCAGAUGAUACAACUGAGUCUAGAUGGGAAACGUUUGUACGCUACAAACUCACUUUUCAGUACAUGGGACCGUCAAUUCUACCCCGAGUUAAUAGAGAAAGGAGGUCACAUGUUACAAAUUGACGUCGACACAGAGAAAGGUGGCCUUGCUGUCAACCCGAACUUUUUCGUUGAUUUCGGAGCAGAACCUGAUGGUCCAUCCUUGGCUCAUGAAAUGAGGUAUCCUGGUGGUGACUGCACUUCUGAUAUUUGGAUAUGAAUGGCUAAAAAUCUCAUACAAGAAUAAAGUAUGGUGCCUUUGGUCCCAUGAUGUUGCAUUGCCUAUUAUAUAAAGUUUUAAAACUCUACA